CAGGCGGAGCUUGUGGGCUUUACUAUUAUUAACAUACAUUCGAUGUUAACGGAUUUACAUGAGCAUCUAACUACGACCUUGACGUCACAGCAAAACGGAAGGUUAACCAUGACCGCGCGAUGACUAUAUAAAAGUGUUUCCUCCUCAUCAAACAUGAAAGAUCGCAUCAUUCAGCAGACGACAACGGAUUUACAGAAAUAAUAUAUGUAGGAAAAGAUGACACGAGACACAGACGACAAUCGAAAGUGUAGAGAAGAGAAAGGGAGAUUAAGAAUAAUCAUUCAAAUUUUAGUGGAUUUAAUUUUACUGUUAGCAGUGGGAGUUCCGGUUAUUGUGUCCUACAAUGGAGGCAUUCCGCCAUUCAAGCGUGGUUUUUUCUGUGACGACAAUUCCAUCAAGUACCCGUAUGUCGAGGACACCAUUUCCGAUGCUGUACUUAUGGGUGUUGGAUUCACAAUGGCGUUUAUUCUGGUUAUUCUUGUUGAAGUACCCAGAUACCUGUCAUCUCGGCUGCCAUUGACGAAAUCUCAAGAAUUCGUAAUCUGUAUCAAGUCUAUAUGUGUGUCCCUAUUUGGGAUCGCCAUCACAAUGGGAUUUGUGCAGUCUUUGAAGUAUUCUGUUGGUGCACUAAGACCGCAUUUUCUAGAUGUCUGUAAACCUAACCAUUCUGCAUUUAACUGCACUCAGGGAUAUAUCACUCAGUAUACCUGUACGGAGACAAAAUUUAGUGACUCCAUUCUACGACGGAGUAGGACCUCGUUCCCUUCCGGUCACACAGCAUUCUCCAUGUAUAUAGCCGUGUACUUAUCUCUAUACUUUGAGGUUCGAUGUUACUUUUGGUUUUCCCGCGCUUUGAAGCCUCUUCUUCAACUCUGCUUCUUUUUGUUCUCCAUCCUGGUUUCAGUGACCCGUGUCCAGGAUCACAAGCAUCACCCUCAUGACGUCAUAGCUGGUUCAAUUUUAGGCAUCGUCAUUGGACUUUUUGUGUUCAAAACUCUUGGAGAAAAAGCUGCAAGGUCGCGAGAGAUCGGCUUGUUUGCACCAUUUCUCAAAAAACAAGAUUCAACAUCCGAACCAAGAACUCCAACACCUUUACUUCAACAUGAUAGAACCGCGUUUCUGAGAUUAGAAAGCCAGAAAAGCAUUUGCAAUGGCAACUAUGGAUUUUCAAAUUCUCCUUCAAGUCCUUCAAUAACAACAGAAAUAGUGGGGAGAGAUGGACUUCCGGUCUGAAUCAAUCUUACAUCCGGUCUAAAUCAAUCUACUAGCAAGAUGAACUCUAACCGAUGUAACAUGAUUGUCUGGUAGCAACCGUUGCUUCCUCUGAACUUACUGGAGACAAUGUGCAAAAAGAUAAAGGUUGACAGACAUUUCAGAUGCCUACUGGUUCGGGUGAACCUAUAAUUGCUUAUACGGUUCGUAAUCCGAAUUUACUUGGCAGGACAUUAAUUUUAUGUGGGCACACUUACAGUAUAUUAAAAUACAGUUAUGAGUUUUUCCGUCCAUAAGUAAAUCCAUGCAGGGCUUUAUUACAUGUUUAAUGUGAAAUAUUAAAUAAGUAUGAAAAACUACACCUGUACAACAUUACAGAAGCUGUAUACGAAUUUAUGUGCGAAUUUGUACAUUUUGCUUGUUGUGACGAAUAAAUAAAGAGUGUUAAUUGA